AGUGCCAGUGCUGCCCCUCCCGGACUGUGACCGUCUCAGGAAGUACAGUGAAUAAUGUCGUGGCACAGUUUAGUGUUUUUGAAUGUGCUAUUUUUAAUUUUAAUUAACAGCCACCACACGACUGCCCAAGAGACUCAGAGGCCAUGGUACGAGUCUCUUCCUGCGGUGGCUAUGGACUACAAAGUCCACAUUGAUGCUGGCAAGGAAGACUGCUACUUCCAGUACGUCCAACCGGGAUCAACAUUCUACGUCAGCUUUCAGGUCAUCCGUGGUGGCGAUGGCAUGGCUGGUUUUGCCGUACGCCAUCCAAAUGGUGCCAUUGUGCAUCCUUACCAGUGGCAACCGUCAUCUGAAUACUCAGAUCAGAGCUCAACAGGUGGCUACUAUUCCGUAUGCGUGGACAAUCAAUUCUCCCGUUUUGCCGGCAAACUCGUCAAUAUCUACAUCACUGUGAUACGGUACGAUGAGUGGGACAAAUAUGCCAAGGAAAUUGAGGAGCUUCAGCUGAACAUCCACAACUUUACCAGUACAAUCAACACAGUUCAGCGCAAUAUCAACGAUAUGCUUCAGUAUCAAUCGCAUUCCCGGAGUCGCGAAGCUCGGGACUUUGCUCUGUUAGCAGACAACAAUGUCUACGUCCAGAAAUGGUCCCUAGCCCAAAUCCUCGUAAUACUCGUGACUACCACCAUUCAGGUGUACUUCGUGCGGAAGCUCUUCGACAUCAAGACCGGCUCCAGUCGGAGUCGCAUCUGAGAUUAGAAGCAUCUUCCACAUUUUCCAUGUACUUAAGGCUCAAAUGUGUAUGUAUAUGCUCUUUUAUUUACACAAAAUUAAAUACAUUUUUUAUUUUUGUCUA